CUGACUCUUCUACUUAUACUACUCUUCUUCUCUAUUAUACACACUCGUGAUCAAACUAUCUCAAGAUCCAAAAACUCUUUUUUCUUUCUUUCAAACAUGGACCGAUCCAUGUUUCUUUCCCUAGCAUUAGCCUCACUCUUGGUCGGAGUCGUCUCAGCUGGUGACUGGAACAUCUUGAACCAACUCAAAGGACUAGGUUCGUCGUCAAGCCAGAACGUUGCCGUUUCUUCAGCGAUCAAGACGAACUUGAAAGGGUACUGUGAAAGCUGGAGGAUCAACGUGGAGGUUAACAACAUCAGAAACUUCGAUGUGGUGCCUCAGGAGUGUGUAUCGCACAUUGAGGACUACAUGACUUCAUCGCAGUACAAGGAUGACGUGGCGAGAGCCGUUGAUGAGGUCAUUCUUCAUUUCGGGAGCAUGUGUUGUAGCAAGUCUAAGUGUGAUGGUAUGGACGCUUGGAUCUUUGACAUCGACGACACGCUUCUCUCUACCAUACCUUACCACAAGAAAAAUGGCUUCUUCGGGUAA